GAACAGAACAGAUUCAAUAGAGCGCUGGAUCAGUCAAGAAGUACAGUAAGAGGAGGAAGGAGUUGAAACGAAAUUUAAAUUGCACGCAAAAAACCGCAUGAAUUUGCUGGCAUGUUUUCGCUGAGAAUUCUAGUGUGCCCGACGCUUUUCCGAGUCGCUGGUUCUAAACCCAUCUUGAGAAUGACUCUACUGAACCAACGUUUGAUAUCAGCCACAACCUGCAGCCAGGCAGCAGACAGCAGAAACGCUCUAAGAUGGGACUUGACAACAGACCAGAUCAAGAGCAUGACAGACAGCCUGAUCCAAAGAAUCAAACAGGUCUACGACAACAUUGGUUCGCUGGACAUCGAAAAGGUCUCCAUUGACAACACCUUGAAUGCUUUGGCAAGUGCGAAGCUGGAAUAUGCUUCCUCGCGUCACGUCCUUGAUUUCCCCCAGUAUGUCUCUCCUUGUAAGGAGGUGAGGUCUGCCAGCACCGAGGCAGACAAGAGACUGUCCAAGUUUGACGUGGAGACCAGCAUGAGGGAGGACAUAUUUAAAAGGGUUCUCGCCUUGCAGGAACAGCAGCUGGACAAUCUAAUGCCUGAAGCCAAAAGAUUCUUAGACCGUCAAAUCACACUGGGGAAGCGAAAUGGAUUGCACUUGUCAAAAGACAUUCAAGAGGAAGUAGAAAGAAUCUCCAAACUUAUAAGUGAACUUUCCAUCGACUUCAAUCAAAACCUGAAUGAGGAUAACACUUACCUGGUUUUCUCUGAGCGUGAACUGGGUGGACUAGCAGAUAGCUAUCUGAAUAGUCUGGAGAAAACUGUGGAUGGGCGGUUCAAGGUGACGCUGGCAUACCCACACUAUUUCCCCCUGAUGAAGAGAUGCCAUUUGGCUGAGACCAGGAGAAAAACGGAGAUUGCCUUCCACAGCAGGUGUAAAGAGGUAAACACAGCCAUUCUGGAACGACUGAUAAAGCUCCGGGCGAAGGUUGCCAACUUACUUGGUUUCAAUAACCAUGCAAACUAUGUGCUCGAGAUGAACAUGGCCAAGAAUGCGACAAAUGUGGCAUGUUUUCUAGAUGAGUUCUAUGAGAAACUGAAGCCAGUGGGUGAGAAAGAGAGGAAGUACAUUCUAGCUCUGAAGAAGAGGGACUGUCUAAUGCGGGGCCAAACCUUUGAUGGACUGAUCAAUGCAUGGGACUUGCCUUAUUACAUGAACCAAGUUGAGCAGGUGAAGUUUGCGGUGGACAAGGACAAGCUGAUCCAGUAUUUUCCACUCAAGGUGGUGACAGCUGGACUCCUCAGUAUCUACCAGGACCUGCUGGGCCUCACCUUCUCACAGAUCAAGCACACCCAUGUUUGGCAUGAAAGUGUCAGUCUCUAUUCAGUCAUGGAUACAGCCACAGGGGAGGAAAUUGGCCAGUUCUAUUUGGAUCUGCAUCCAAGAGAGGGAAAGUAUGGCCAUGCUGCCUGCUUUGGGCUGCAGCCAGGCUGUCUGGGGCUUGAUGGGAAACGCAGGCUUCCAGUGGCAGCCAUGGUGGCUAACUUCACCAAGCCAACCAAGGGCUGGCCCUCACUCUUGCAACACCACGAGGUGGAGACAUAUUUCCACGAGUUUGGCCAUGUCAUGCACGAGCUGUGCUCCAAGACCACAUACUCAGAAUUCAGCGGGACCCUGGUGGAGACCGACUUUGUCGAAGUUCCCUCUCAAAUGCUGGAGAACUGGGUUUGGGAGAAAGAACCCCUUAGGAGAAUGUCUCGUCACUACAAGGAUGACAGUCCCAUUCCUGACAAUUUGCUCAACAAACUUAUUGCCUCUAGAGUAGCAAACACAGGGCUAAUGAAUUUACGUCAGAUAGUCCUCAGUAAAGUGGACCAGUCUCUACACACCCAGGCUCACUCAGAUGCUGCUGGGGUGUUCGCCAAGCACUGCCAAGACAUCCUCGGGGUCCCUGCCACUCAAGGUACAAAUAUGACAGCCAGUUUUAGUCACCUGGCUGGGGGCUAUGAUGGCCAGUACUAUGGGUACCUGUGGAGUGAAGUCUACUCUAUGGACAUCUUCUUCAGUCGAUUUAAAAAGGAAGGAAUCAUGAACCCGAAGGUAGGGAAGGAGUACAGACAGGCAAUUCUAGAGGCUGGAGGCUCUGUGGACGGCAUGGAGAUGCUGAAAUCCUUCCUGGGUCGAGAACCUUGCCAGGAUGCCUUUUUCCAAUGCAAGGGGCUCAUAAAAUCUGGGGAAAUACAAAACGGAACAUGAGGAGCCUUCUUUUGUACUCCACGAUAGAAUAACAACUUUAUAUUACGUUUAUUGUAGGCUUAAUGUUUGACCUGCAUGAUAUUAAAUGUUAUGUAUUUUCCGUAGUUGUUUUACAGAGCUCUGUGGAGAUCUGUUAAUACCCACAGUUAGUUUUAUUUAUGGUAGUAUGUUUAUAUCUUAUAGUCUUAAUGUAGUUCCUUAAUGUCACAUCUUAGAUUUUUUGACAAGGCAACCAGAGAAGUAGAAAGUUUAUUAUACUUAGA